CGCGGCGGCCGCCAUCUUGAGGGGCUGGAGGGCGAGGGAGGAAGCGGUGCCGGGCCGGCGGCCUCCCUCCCUCGGUCCACCCAUGGCCGGGCAGUUUGACGCCGAGGACCAGGGCAGCUGGUACUGGGGGCGGCUGAGCCGCGCCGAGGCGGUGGCGCUCCUGCAGGGACAGCGCCACGGCACGUUCUUGGUGCGGGACUCGGGCACCAUCCCCGGCGACUUCGUCCUCUCCGUCUCCGAGAGCUCGCGCGUCUCCCACUACAUCGUCAACAGCGGCGGAGGCGGCGGCGGGCCCCCGGGGCUGAAUCCUUCUAGAUUCCGGAUAGGGGAUCAAGAGUUUGACUCGCUGCCAGCUUUACUGGAGUUCUACAAAAUACACUACUUGGACACUACAACCUUGAUCGAACCUGUGUCAAAAUCUAAGCAUAACAAUGAUGUGGUCUUGAGGCAGGAAGAAGCUGAGUACGUGCGUGCUCUUUUUGACUUUAACGGCAACGAUGAUGAAGACCUUCCGUUUAAAAAAGGAGACAUCCUGAGAAUCUGGGAGAAGCCUGAAGAGCAGUGGUGGAAUGCAGAAGACAGUGAAGGAAAGCGAGGGAUGAUACCAGUCCCGUACGUUGAGAAGUAUAGACCGGCCUCUACUUCAGUAUCUGCUCCAGUUGGAGGUAACCAGGAUAGUUUCCACCCACAGCCAUUGGCUGGGCCGGAGCCGGGUCCCUAUGCCCAGCCCAGCAUCAACACUCCGCUCCCCAACCUCCAGAAUGGCCCAAUUUUUGCCCGGGUUAUCCAGAAGCGGGUCCCUAAUGCCUACGACAAGACAGCCUUGGCUUUGGAGGUUGGAGAGCUAGUAAAAGUCACGAAGAUUAACAUGAGCGGCCAGUGGGAAGGAGAGUGCAGUGGCCGACGAGGUCACUUCCCAUUCACCCAUGUCCGGCUGCUCGACCAACAGAAUCCAGAGGAAGAUUUCAGCUGAGUAUGGCUCAACUGCUCUGCUUACAGAUGGGAAUAAACACACAGUGUUUUACUGCGGCUGCAAAAUAGACAGUUCUUCUGUCUAACCAGUGCUUCAUCAAGUAUCCUGAUAUGCAUAAAAUCUCCCCAGGACCGAACACCACAAUUCCUUAAACAAGACUUGUAUCUUCGGGAUACCAAGAAUCUGUGGCUUCAAAGACAUCGCCUUCCCACUUGCAGUAGGAUGGAGAUAGCUAUGGUGGAUUCUUGUUUCUGGCUUUCCCUGAUCCCAUAGCUUCCUCUGUAGGCAGAAAUCCUGAAUGGUUAGUAGGACACUUGCAAGUUGCUAACCUUGGAGCUUCCCUUCUUUGGAUAAGACUCCUCUUGUAAUGUCUGUUAUAACGGCUUAUUGCAUAAAUAAUGCACAGUGCAGGUAAUAUUUUUUUUUACAUAAUACUGGGAUAGCUGCAGCAUUACUACUACCGUAUUAAAUGGGUUACAGACAAAUCCAGUUCUCCAGAAUUAAAAUUUCUAAAAAUUGGUCACCACAGCUGUCAUAGCUAGUAGCUGAUUUAAUUUGAGAUAACUAUUCUACGUGGAGUGUUAAACCUCCCUUUCAGUGCAGAGAGCUACAUUCGUUGCACUUUAUGCAUUAAUAUGUAGCGGUAGGAGCGGCUAAAUCUGCUACAGAGCUCAGCACUACACUCCGAAGGUAACUUUUAACCACUGUUGGAAAGUGAGCACCUGCGAAUCAUGUACAGUACUCUUGCUCAUCCAGUAUAGCGUGACAAACGUCACUGCUGUAAACUGAAAUGCCAGUUUGGUGUAGUGGUUAAGUGCACAGACUCUAAUCUGGGAGAACCGGGUUUGAUU